AUGAAAUAUUUAUUUUUAUUUGUUUUAUUUGUUUACUGUUUUGAAGUUGGCAAUGCUUCCACUUUAAACAGCUUAAAAGUUACUCCAGGAAUCAUAUCGGGUGUUCUCUCUACCACUCCCUAUGUUAAUUUCGAGAUCGUUGCUUCACCUGAUGUCACCAAAGGAAUUCUAAUGUUUUGUGAGACCGCUUUUGCAUUCCAAAAGGAUAGUGUUACCUCGGUUUCUGCUUCAAAUGCCAAUAUCUAUUUGUGUAUUACUCUUGAUGCUGAUCUCUAUACAUUGUGCACAUCAAGAGGUACCUAUAAUGUAUCAUCACUAAUCUCGUCGAUUCAACUUAUGGAUACUGUGAUCCCGCGCGCCCAAGUUAUGGCAGUGACCGCCACUUCGUCCACAUUCUAUCCCGAUGCCUCGCCACCUACCAUUUCAGACCUCACCGUUUCAGGUGUACAAGAUACCAUAUACUUUAAAUUCGGUGCAGUCGACCAAUACAAUAGAAUCUCAGGUUGUUCUGUUAUCUAUACCACUGAUACUGCAACAGUUGCCGCCAUGAUAUAUAAUCCUGUUCCAGAUGUCAAUGGUUAUAUUUAUGGCAGUUCAGUACCAGGCUCAGCAAUUGGCGCAAUUUUCUAUGUAUCCAAUGUCACUUGUGAUGAUAUGUACGGAAAUAGAUUCAGAUAUAAUGCACCUAGCCCAAUUAAGGUCACUCUUACCAUUCCUCCAUUUACUCCUUUAACACCAACUUUGGUGAGUUAUUCCUUCUCGCCAAUGACACUGUCCAACUCUGAUAUUGCCAAACAAAAUACGAUAAAGUAUGUUGCAAUUAUCUCUGAACCACAAUCACAGUUAACUUCGGUGACCGCCACUAUGCUCAGUAAUCCUUGUUCAGUUUCAUUUGAAAGUAGCACUGUUAUCAAUAUCUAUUGUAUCGUUAAUCCCUACCCAUCUACCGGAACCUUUUCACCAGAUGUCACCAUCAGUGAUGUCAACUACCGACAAUCUUUCAUUUACCUCAAUAACAAUGGAACUCUUCAAAUUACAUCGAGUUACCUUACCAACUAUCAGAUUGUUUCCACCAAAUACAGUACUGCAACAAUCAAUGGUUUACCUCCAUUCACAUUGCAAACCAACAUUACAUUCUUCUCUGGUGGUGUACCAAUCUCGUUUAUUAAAUUGAAUAGUUUUUUCAAAAUCACACCAACUAGUCUGGUUUCUGGCACACUCACAGAUGGAGUUCUGAGUGUUUUGCUCCCAUACGACUCAAACUUCAGUCCAUCCUUGAAUACUACCGUAUUCUUUAUUACUCCACCAUUCGGUUCCGGCCAAAUUAUUUCUAUCGCCGGUCCACCAACAUUCAGACCAGCACCCAAAGUAUUACCUACAAUAACAAACUCUAAUCCUAUAGUUUCAUUGGAUUUAACUGCACCAUAUCCAUCACCAGUAUAUGGAGUAUACGUUGCAAGUCAACCAGACGAAGAUUUUACAACAAGAAUUUCAUAUUUGAAAAAUGUAAAUUUCAAUGAUAUCAACUAUAGCAACAAAGGUUUGAUUAUAGGUACCAAAUCAACAGGUUCCUACUUGAUUGCACACGACGCAAGUUUGGGUAAUAAAUUAGCUAAUUUAUGGGAUGUACGUUAUGGAAAUGGACCUAUAAAUUUGGGACUUACUCAGUUCACCCAAUUUUCAACUGGAUCAAGUACUUUAUAUUCGAGAUGUACUCAAUUGAAAUUACCAAAAAAUAUAUAUCCAAAGAUUAUAUCUUUUGAUUAUAGUCCAAAAGCUCUUUCCGUUUCCAACGAGACUCAAUAUGUAGUGUUUGAUUUGGUUUUCCAAAACAACUCAUUGGUGGGAAUGUUUGAUGAGGUUUCCAUUCUCCUUGUCUUUAAACUAGUACCUACCAUACCGACUCCUUGUCUUCCACUUCCAAAUGCUAUUGAUACUUACAAAUGCUUUAUGCCUGUGGCUCCAGGAACAUUCACCAAUACCUUUAUGGUUAAAAUCGCCAUUUCAUAUGUUAAUGGUUUCUCCCAUAUAGUUCCAAGUGAAUAUUUAAUCAUGAAUUCCAGAGCAAACAGUUUAAGAUUCAUCAACCCCGAUCCAUUUGUAAAUUAUAUUCAACCAGUCUUUAGAAACUUGGGAUACGACUCAACUUUGAAACAAUUAACAUUCAAAAUCGAGGCAGUCAGCUCAUAUAUUACUUCAGUUAUCGUUACCAUACACAAUGCUUUCGAGAUUGACGAGAACCAACAAACAAUCUACACCUACUCUGCACAAUUAAAUCCAUCAAAGAUAGUCCAGUCGAAUGUUAGUUUAAAUCUCCCAUGUAACUCGAAAUCAUUCAAAUAUAGUGAGAUUAAUCUGGUAAAAUUCACCAUUGUCGAUGUAAAUAGCCAGAGUUACACUUUUAUUACUCCUCAACUUCAAGAAACCUUCCCUACUUUCAAUAUUCCACCUAUUGUGUGUCCCGAUGCAUUCCCACCAACAAUACAAUCGAUUUCAUACACACAACCACUUACCAACCAAGUGAAUUUGACCAUUCGUGUAACAGACAAUCUAAGUGGUUUCAGGAAUAUGACUGUAUUAUUAGAUACUCCAUAUAUAUUCUCGAAAACAGUAACCAUCGAUCAAAGCAAUCGCAUCUCUGGUAAUGCCAAUGACGGUGUUUACUCUAUCCUAAUUAAUUUCCCACCACCUGGAAAUAUAGCCUUAACCAUAUCAGUUCCACAUCUAUACGAUAAUCAUGAAAACGAUAGACCCUACUUAGUUCAAGACGUCGUAAUGAUAGGAAAUACUCAGCCAAUCAUUCUAAGUGGUGAUGGAUCCGUACCAGAUACUCCAUCUAUACUGUCUACAACAUCACCAAGUAAUGUAACUCUCGGUAGUGAGUGGUCAAUACAGUUGGAAAUGACUGGUGAUGUUCAUCAAGUAUUUGUUGAUAUUACAGACUACUAUGGUUUCUUUAGAGGAGAAUUGAUCAAAGAUUCAUCAUCAGGACUCUAUGUUUUCUCUUAUUAUCCUGUCUAUGUAGGAGUUCACUACUAUUCAUUGCUGGCCAUUGGAAAGAGUCUACAAAGUAGAUAUCUUUUGCAAUCGACUAAUCUCCCUUCGUUCACAGUAAAUUCAACUAGAUACACCAAUUCAGCACCGAUCAUAUCAACACUUUCAUCGGAUACAAGCAAUACCUACUCUCCAAAGAUGACUUUGUCAUUGAAGGAAUUUUAUCCUCAAGUUGGUCACAGACUAAGAUGUGCUGUUAUCGAUCCAAAUAAUCAGAUUAUCAAUGGCUCUGACUUGACCACCAGCCAACCAUACAAAUGUAAUGUUAAUAUCCCUCAUUUGUACAGUGGUUUACAGAAAUUCUAUUGGUCAAUCUAUUUCGAACACAGUUUUACAGGAAGAACCAGAUUCUUCACAAAAUCUGAACUACAAGCAUUAGGAUUGGAUCCUUCUUUUGUAUUAGAUUUCGACUCACCAACAACUACUUCUUCACAAACUACAACUACCACCAAUCCGACCACUACAACCAACUCAGGUACAACUACAUCAUCUCAAACCACUGGAAAUACACCAAUUACCACUGCUACUACCUCACCCUCAUCAACAACCGGAAACCCAUUAAAUGGUUCUUCCAAAAUUAAUAUUAAUAUUGCUGCCUCUUCAAUUAUCAUAUUAUUUAUAUUAUUAUUGAGUUUUUAA